GAGCGGCGAAAAGCCAGCAAAAGCGAUGAAUGGGGAAUGAAGGAGCCGUGGAGCUAACCAAGCCGGGCAGAGAGGAGACGAAGACCGCCUGAGUGGACAUUCUUCCGGCAGAGGUUUGAACGCUUGCCGUUGGUUUCCCCGGGCGGCGCGUCAUGGCAGCCCUGCGCCAGAGGAAGGGCAGCCGGGGUAAGGAGCCCCCACAGAGCCCCCAUGCAGACUCUCAGCCUCAGCAGCGUCACCAGGCCAACUGUUGCUCCCGGCAUCAUCGUCAUCACCAUGACGACCUUCUGCAGGGUGAUUGGUCGUGGGGGUGUAUCGUGUGGACAUCGGUGGGCUGGUCGGUGUCGGUCGGUCUGGGCCUGCUGUGCUGCAUGUACAUGGCCACGCUGCACGAGAACGACCUGUGGUUCUCCAACAUCAAGGAGGUGGAGCGUGAGAUCUCCUUCCGGACCGAGUGUGGACUGUACUACUCGUACUACAAGCAAUUGUUGAACGCUCCAUCCAUACAGGAAGGAUUGUCUGAGUUGAUUCACGAUAACUUGACGGAGUCUAAGCGGACCAUCAACCUCCUGCAGAGGAUGAACAUCUACCAGGAGGUCUUCCUCAGUGUUCUUUACAGGCUGCUGCCCAUACAGUCCUACCUGGAGCCCAUGUACUUCUACAUCUACAGCGUGUUCUCGCUGCAGGCGGUGUACGUGAUGGCGCUGUACCUGACAGCGUGGCUCCUGUCCGGCUCAUGGGUGGCCGGCGCGCUGGCCGCUGUCUGGUACAUCCUCAACAGGGUGGACACGACCCGUGUGGAGUUCACCAUCUCGCUGAGAGAGAACUGGUCUUUGCCCUUCCUGGCGCUGCAGGUUGCCACCAUCACAUGCUACCUGAGGCCUCAGCUGGGCACCUUGCAGCAGAAGGUGAUGGUGUGGCUGAUGUACGUGUGCAGCUUGUGCUUCUGUGUGACUUGGCAAUUCAACCAGUUCAUCUUUCUGGUUCAGGCCCUCGUUGUCUACACGCUGGAUUGUGUGGACGUGCUCACCACCGCACAGGUGACCACACUGUAUUUGGUCCAAGUGAGCGCUCUGCUGAGCGUGUGGCUCCUGCAGUUCUUCAACGCCAUGAUCCUGGGCUCCUUGGUGCUCAGCUUCAUCGUGGCGGCCCUCAUCGUGCGUCAUUUUCACCGUUCUCUGAAGACAGGAAGUGUUCUGGUGCGAGUGUUCAAGCUGUUCAUCCACAGCACCGCCGUCCUUCUCCUCACCUUCGCCCUCAACUUCACGGCCAAGAAGGUGCUGCAGCUGCGAUCAGACGAACACAUCUUUAAAUUCAUCAAGUCAAAGUUUGCCUGGGGGCCGACGAGGGACUUUGACGCCAACCUGUAUCUGUGCGAGGAAGCCUUCGGUGCGCUGCCACUGGACACUCUGGAGCGUCUGUCUGCCACCCUUCUGCUGGGCCCCUACGCCCUCACGCUCGUCCUGAUGGGCGGCACCCUGGCGCUGGCGGCUCUGCGGAACCUCAGGCCAAAAGGUGGCGCAGCGGAGAGGAAAGUGGAGGGUCCGGCGGCGGCGGCGGCGUCCUUUCGUCCCGACGUGGCCUACAACCUGCUGCACACGCUUUUCUACGGCCUGCUGGCCUUCAGCACGAUGAGGAUGAAGUACAUCUGGACGGGGCACAUGUGUGCCGUGGCGGCGUACGGCGUGUGCGGGAGGGACGUGUGGACGAUGCUUCUUCACGCUCUCCGAUGCAACACUAAAUUCAUAGUCCGAUUGGCGCGAUAUGCCGCGCCUCUGGCCGUGAUGGUCUUCCUCUAUUACAAGUUCUGGCCCAAGAUGGUGGAGGAGCUGUCUGACUUGAGGGAGUUCUACGAUCCAGACACUGUGGAGCUCAUGACCUGGAUUAGUGGAUGUGUGUGUUUGUGUGUGUGGACCCUGACUGAUGAGAGCCCAGGGGUCUUGAUGAAUAAGACAUAAGGGGCUGCUGGAAGAGGCCCGUUUUUGGGCACAGCUCCGGUCGCCGCCGACCCCCCGCGUGAGAGUCUCCGUGGUCGGGCUGCUGAUCGAGAGCGUCGGCCUGACGGGAUCUCAGCCUUGGAAGUCUCACGCCGUGCGCUUAACUUCAUUUGCGGGAGCCUUCUCUUGACUCCAAUGCAGACUGUUGGCGUGCUGCUGUUCUGGUUAGCAACAGAGUUCAAAUGGUGCUCAGGUGUCUAUGCUUUAAUGAAUGUGUAAUGUGUGGGUAAGUGUUGGUUAGAGGCUUGGGGGUUUAAAACCGUUAGGGUUUCUGAGUAGGGUUUAAUGCCAGGGUCAGGGUUUCAAGACAGGAUUAGGGUUUGGAAUUACAGUGUCAACACAGGGUUAGUGUUUUUGAGUAGGGUUUCAAGAAGACGUUUGGGUUUCAAAGUAGGGUUUUAGGCCUGGAUUCGUUCUUCAGAUUAUGGUUUCACGAGAGGGUUAGGCCUGGAUUACGGUUUUAAAUUAUUGUUUUGAGAACACGUUAGGGUUUCAAAGGAGGUUUUUAAGGCAAGGUUAGGGUAUCAAAUUUAGCUUCCAAGACAGAGUCAAGGUUUCAAAUUUGGGUUUCAUGCCUGGAUUUGGGUUUCAAAAAUAGUUUCAAGAGAUGAUUAGGGUUUAAUUAAGGUUUUCAAACAUGGAUUAUGGUUUCAAAGUAGAAUUUCAAGACUCACUAGGUAGGUGCUGCUGUUUUGAUUAAAACCUGAGUUUAAUUGGGACCAUUUGUUUUCUUUCUCCUUGUGGUUUGCGUGUGACCAAUUUAGGUAUUUUAGCAUUAUCGCACUGUUAUUAUUAUAUUACAACACAGUUAUUACUCUGAUAGCUGUGAUUGCCUUGGCUGCUAACGCUAAAAUGCUAAUGUGCGUGCGUGUGUGCGUGCGUGUGUGACACGGGUUCCCUUGCCUCAGGAGCUAAUCCCAUUAGGCUGCCAGGAUUAUAUGGGCUGUGUGGAAUUACUCCGGCAGGGAGGAGCGCUAAACUAAGCCUGGCCACCGCGCUAAUUACAUUCCGCAUGAAAGCGUUACGGCGGCGAAGGAAGCUCGUCUUACGGCCGCCGCGUCUGAGCUGAGCGGGGUUAUUAGGUUCCGUGCGAGGAAAUCACGCUGACUUCAAGCGGCGCCGCCUGUAACAAGGAGCGGAAAAAAGAUGGAUGCCUUCAUGCUGAUGUUUUUGUAGUUUGAAGAAAUGCUCAUUUGAGAUUGCCGCGUGAUGCAACUCGUUAUUUGACACGGUGGGUGUUCAAAAAGCAACACCAAGAAAUCCAAACAUACAUUUCCUGUUGUGGUGGUCC